CAGAUCACAAAACCCACAGGGUGUAUAAACGUGGCUAGAGGGAGAGACAGAGAACGAGAGAGAGAGAGGCACCAGACCAGCCCCUCCAAAAUGUUCGUCAGUGAAAGUGUUGAGUCCUGGGGCUCCAUACUUUCCAGUUAGACUCCGUGUGAGCACGAGCAACUCUCCAACCGCAGAAGACGAUACCACAGCAGUACUUCACCUCAUACCAAACAAUCAUGUUGGAGAACGAGGCUUUUUCCUGUUUUGUUUUCUAUAGUGUUCUCCUGGUCAUCAAAAUGUACAUCAUAGCAAUCAUCACUGGACAAGUCAGGCUUCGUAAAAAGGCUUUCGCUAACCCAGAGGAUGCGCAGAGACACGGCGGCGUCCAGUACUACAGAGAAGAUCCGGACGUAGAACGGUGCCGAAGGGCUCACCGUAACGACAUGGAGAAUAUCUUCCCUUUCCUGUUCCUGGGGGCUGUGUACUCCCUGAUUGGCCCGUCGCUUGCCGUGGCCCGCGCUCACUUCCUGGUCUUCUUCCUGUUCCGCGUGCUCCAUACAGUGGCCUACCUGUGUGUCCUGCGGGCGCCCACACGCUCCCUGGCCUAUGUCGUCGCCCAAGUGCCCUGCGUCUCCAUGGCCGUGCAGGUCCUCGCGGCGGUGGCCUCCUCGUGGUAGUUGUGGUGUUCUGGAUCUAUCUGUGACCGCUUCAAUCUGUGACCGAUCCCAGCCUGUGAGAUCAGCGGUAGAGGAUACUGCAAGUAAUGCUUUUCAUACAAGGGAAAUCCUCAAGACUAUAUCGCCAUCAAUGCUACCAUAGCAGUUUGUGGCUCUCGGCUGUAAGACAGCAAUAAUCUAUUCUAUAAAGUGUGUACUCUGAAAUGAAGUCAGUGUUGUGCUCUAGCAAGCACAUCCUCCUGCAGUACUGUAUGUUUGCUAUGCAAUGUUGAAGUCAAUUGCCUCACCUCUUGAUAGUCUAGUGGACUCUACUCUCUGAAGUUAAAGGUUUUAAUUAGUAAACAUUGAACCUUUUAACCAGUUAAUUGUGUUGUCAUGUUGUUUUUGUAUACACAAGUUGUUGCUUGUUUAUGUCUUUUUCAUUCUCUAUUUCCUGUUAUAAACUGGGUGGUUUGAGCUCUGAAUGCUGAUUGGCUGACAGCUGUGUUAUUUUUACUGCUCUAAUUACGUUGGUAACCAGUUUCUAAUAGAAAUAAGGCACCUCAGGUGUUUGUGGUAUAUUGCCAGUAUACCACGGCUAAGGGCUGUAUCCAGGUACUCCACAUUGCGUCGUGCAUAAGAACAGCCCUUAGCCAUGGUAUAUUGGCCCAAUACCACACCCCCUUGUGCCUUAUUGCUUAAUUAUACUUAACCCUGAUUGGCUCCAGGGGUGCUGUACUACAAUGGCUGACCCUGUAAAACAAGACAUUUCACUGCACCUAUUUUAUUCCACUGGGAGCUAUUUUAGUAGGACAUGUCUUGGAUAUAAUGACCUUUUAGCUGAAACCAGCUUGAUCCAGUCUUAGAGGUUGAACUGAAGAGCAGGCAUGUGCCAUUCUAAGGAAAGUUUCCAGUGUGGGGGUUCACUGUGUUCGUUUAUCUAGCAUUGGCCACCAUGGCAUCACAUGAUGGGGGAUGAUGACUACAGAGACAUCAGGUCUACCACAGCUGUCUCCCUGGCUACCGAUGAGGCCAAGAGUUUUUCCUGAUCACAGAAUUUGACUACAGCCCAUAGUUUUUCCUGGUCUCGUCCUGAACCUAGAUAGGAGCUAUGACUGCUGAAUGAUCCAUAAUCAUAACAUCUAUUUUAUCGUCCACCUCUGUUUCUUUAGCCUGGUUCUAGAUCAAAAUUGGCAAGACAGGCUAUGGGUUUCUUCAGUAUUGUCCAUGUAUAACCAAUGGGUGGUUUGUUGAUGAAUGGUCCUCUACUGUGUUGUCUUCUACACUGCAGCCACUAGAGGCUUGCUAGAGCAGAAGUUGGCAUUGUGAAACCUAUGUGUGUCAACUGGGCGUCAUUACUGGACAGUUAUUGCACAUUUCCAAGUUACUGCAACACAAUUCCAAGUUACUGCAACACAGUUCCAAAGUCUUUGUUUGACCUAAUACAGUGCUAUUUCUCUGUAAACAAAUUAACAAGACUUUCAGCAUGCUUAUAGAGAAGGUCACUCCACAUGUACCGCACUGACACAACUGACUGAUGAGCUGUUCUUGUCUAUUAAUGUUCUGUAUUAUGUCAUGUUUCGUGUUGACUGCUUCACAGUUCCAAGUUACUGCUUCACAGUUCCAAGUUACUGCUUCACACUUCCAAGUUACUGCAUUUUUCCUAGUUACAGUUCCAAGUUACUGUAUUACUUUAUUUUUUACUCUGUUAUUCUAAGUGCAUUGAAAAGAAUGGGAAUCUUGUUGAAUGUACAAAUGGAUGUGUAUGGAGUGCCAUGAGACAGUAAAGCGAGUUCUUUAAUGAA